CCUCUGCACCUGCAGCCAGCGCCCCUCUGUCACCUGCAGCCAGAGCCCCUCUGUCACCUGCAGCCCCGCAAGGCCACCUGCCUCUCCCGGCCAGGUCCCUCCGACCAGCCCCUUUGCGCCCACCCCCGUGGUGAUGAGCUCCCCCUUGAAGAGAGCCCCGCUGCUCAGGUCCUUCCUGACGCUGCGCGAUGCCAGCACGCAGCAGCAGCAGCAGCAGCAGCAGCAGCAACCCCGGCUGCCCACAUCCUCCGCCUGCGCCUUCCACCCUAAGGCGGAGGAGGUGGCGCCGCGCGAGCCGGCUCCCCACUGCAGGGGGCACCCCCUCUCCGCCCUGCCCGGCCCCACCAACUGGCCGCUGCUGGGCAGCCUGCCGGACGUCCUCUGGAAAGGGGGGCUCAAGAAGCAGCACGAGACGCUGGCUGAUUACCACCGAACAUAUGGGAAGAUUUUCCGCAUGAAGCUGGGCGCCUUUGACUCCGUUCACAUCGGAGCCCCCUGCUUGUUGGAAGCGCUGUACCGGAAAGAGAGCGCUUACCCCCAGAGGCUGGAAAUCAAGCCCUGGAAAGUCUACCGGGACUACAGAGACGAGGGCUACGGGCUCCUGAUCCUAGAAGGAAAGGACUGGCAGAGAGUAAGAAGUGCCUUUCAAAAGAAGUUAAUGAAGCCCACAGAAAUCAUGAAACUGGAUACCACAGUCAAUGAGGUCCUGGUGGAUUUCAUGCACAGAAUAGAUGAUCUUUGUAACCACAAUGGUGAAAUUGAAGACAUAUAUUCAGAAUUCAACAAAUGGUCCUUUGAAAGUAUCUGCUUGGUGUUGUAUGGGAAGAGGUUUGGACUCCUGCAACGGGAUGUGGGAGAAGAAGGCCUGAACUUCAUCAAGGCUGUAAAAACGAUGAUGGGCACUUUCGGGAUGAUGAUGGUGACCCCAGUUGAACUUCAUAAAAGUCUGAACACAAAAGUCUGGCAAGCUCAUACCAACGCAUGGGACAAUAUCUUUAAAACAGCCAAGUGUUCAAUUGACAGCAGACUGGAGAAAUAUUCUGCCAAUCCCAGUGAAGAUUUCCUGUGCGACAUUUACUUUGGGAGUCAACUCUCCAAGAAGGAACUGUAUGCUGCUAUCACAGAGUUCCAGAUUGCAGGAGUUGAAACGACUGCCAAUAGUCUACUGUGGGCUCUGUAUAACAUUUCACGCAAUCCCCACGUUCAACAGAAGCUUUUCCAGGAAAUACAGAGUGCAGUGUCUGCUAAUGAGAGUCCAGAUGCUGAGGACCUGAAGAAAAUGCCUUACCUAAAAGCAUGUCUGAAAGAAUCUAUGAGGAUAACACCAUCUGUGCCAUUUACCACUCGCACUCUUGACAAAGAAACAAUGCUUGGGGACUAUGUGCUACCUGAAGGGACAGUGUUGAUGUUAAACAGUCAUGCCUUGGGGUCCAAUGAAGAGUACUUUAGUGACUGGACUACCUUUAAACCGGAGCGUUGGCUUCAGAAGAAUACAAUAAAUCCUUUUGCUCAUAUUCCGUUUGGCAUUGGGAGGAGGAUGUGCGUUGGGCGUCGCUUAGCUGAACUACAACUUCAUUUAGCUCUUUGCUGGCUUGUUCGCAAAUAUCAGAUUAUAGCAACUGAUAGUAAGCCAGUAGAAACUCUGCAUUCAGGAAUACUAAUCCCCAGCCGAGAACUUCCAAUUGCCUUUAGAAGACGAUGAGAUUGUCUUCUGUGGACUAAGAACCAUGCUAUUGCUGCCUUUUCUGGUGACAGCACAUGUGAAUCUGGAAUACCAAAGCCAUUAAGGCACUAAGCACUGGAGAAAUCGCCAUGGACAUGCCUUCAGCAAUGCACUGAUGAGAAGGACAGAAAUACAGAGUCAACAAAAGCUCAUGUAGUCCUUACACUGUAUGAAACUGUGUCAGUUAGCAGGUUUUUCUAAAUGGAUUGCACAAUCCUAAAAUGAAAGAACAAAAAUAUUGUGCAUCUUUGCAUCUGUGGGCCCAUAUACCAGAAAAGUUGAGGGAAAUUCACUGUUUGAGAGUUUUAUAGUGGGCUGUGGAACUCAAUAUAGGGCACCAGUCAGUAUUGAGUGAAGGGUGUUACCAGCUGGAAGUUGUUCAGUGUUUGAGAAAGGAAUUAGGCUCAAUCCUAUGUAUGUCACAAAGGGUACAUGGGAGUUAUCAGGCAUGAUGGUCCUGCUAGGUUGGGGGUGAGGUGGGAUAGUGUGAAGAAAUCUUGCCUUAAUUUUUCCCAGGCUGUUCCAGUUUUGUGGAUUCAGUUGAGGAUUUCCAUCUGCAGGGCUGUCAGUUUGUGACCUUUUAACAAAAGAGCUAAUGAGGAAAAUAAUAGAAGUACAUUUCCCGCUUAAAAGAGUUUUCUCUUAUAAAGCGUAGAAUAAGAUCAAAGCCAUUUAGAUGGACUUGUCCAUGUAUUUGAACCCUGCUUCUCUGUGACACAAGGAGUUCUCAAACUUCAUUGCACUGCGACCCCCUUAUGACAACAAAAAUUACUACAUGACCCCAGGAGCGGGGACCGAAGCCCGAGCCCCACCACCUAGGUGGGGGUCCUGUAACCUGAUCUCCAUCACCCAGGACUGAAGCCAAAGCCUGAGCCCCGCCACCCAGGGCUGAAGCCCUUGGGCUUCGGCUUUGGCCCGGGUGGUUGGACUUGGGCUUUUGCUUCAGCCCUGGGCCCCAGCAAGUCUAACAUCAGUCCUGGCGACCCCAUUAAAACAGGGUCCCAAGCCACUUUGGGGUCCCAACCCACAGUUUGAGAACCUCUGCCAUACACAAUACUUGAAAAUGGCUAGGCAGCUAAUGUGCUGGGACUGCUGCUUAUUACACUAAUCAUAAUCUCUCACUGUUUCCUAUGUUUCUGUUCCCUCACCCGCCACCAUCCCUCCCAAUUUGGCUUAUUACAUCUUUAGAGUGUAAGCUCUCUGAGCCUGUGACUGUCUUUUUGUUAUAUGUGUAAACAGUACAAAGCACAAAGGGGCCACUUAACUAGGCUUUGAGGAGUUACUGCAAUACAAAUUAAAAUCUUAACAGGGGGCAGCAUUUUGUCAGAUGAGCAAUAUAGAAUACAUGUAUUUUUCAGAUCUUAAAGCACCACAAACAAUAAGGAUCCGAAAUAUUUCAAAGGGGGUUGUUUACUGUGGGGAUCAUAGUUUGUAAAACUACACAUGGAUUUCAAUAUCUGUAUCAAUAAGGCUGAAGUGGUAAUUGCCUUGCAUGUGAUGCAACACAUAGUAACUAGCAUAUUUCCCCUUAUGUCGUUAAGGUGUAUCUUAUUUCUAAUACAGAGUUUGUAUAUUAUGUAAAUUGCUUUUUUUUUUAAAAAAAAGGAAGCCUAUUUUUUAAUUUGUUACUUUGAAAAGAUGUAAAGUCUUAAAGUCUGUUUGCCUCCUAGAAAGGCUUGUUUCCCUUUCUUUAGGAGCUGGUUAUGUUCAUAUUUCAAAGAACUGUAUUAUAGUGUAUAAAGAAACUUGUGAACAUCCUGCUCUUCCCAUGCAAUUUUGUAAUAAAAUAGUGUUUUUUCCCCAGAAAUAA